AUGGACUUCAUGUCUUCCUUGCCUGAAAAUGACCAGGUUAUACUGGUAGGUCAUAGUGCCGGAGGGCUAAGUGUAACACAGGCAACUCACAAGUUCUCAAAGAAGAUCCGGUUAGCUGUGUAUUUGGCUGCCACCAUGCUAAAGAUGGGAUACUGGACAGAUCAAGAUAUCCAAGAUGGAGUGCCUGACUUAUCCUCAUUUGGGGACGUGUAUGAGCUAGGAUUUGGAUUGGGAUCUGACCAUCCACCAACCAGUGCCAUUGUCAAGAAAGAAUUUCAACGCAAAAUCGUCUACCAAAUGAGCCCUCAAGAGGUAGACAUAUUUGGCGAUGUUGAUCCGAUGAAUAAUGGGUUUGCGCGAGGAUUCGACCUUGGUCGCCAUGCUUUCGAGACCGGGACCGAUCCUUGCAUUAAAAUCCGCUAG